UCUCGCGAUGAGCGUAUCGCGCACACCCUAAUCUUGCAGUAUCGACCAUGGUUUUUGAUAUUCUCGAAGCACUUCAGCACCAAUCCGAACUCUUAGACUCGCUCUACGAUCAAAAUCUCAAAGCAGCAAGGCAGCUUCAAUCCACCCUGGAGCAUAAGAUACUACCCGGUCUCGUGGAUGAGGAGGGGUUGGAUGAGGCUGACGUAGAGUAUGCCGUACAGUGGUUGUAUGAUAUCCCGUCCAUCUUUCGCAUCCUAAAGAGACAGAAAUUUACUGCCUCUCUUGCUCUCGAGGCACUGCGAACCACGCUGCUGUGGCGUUUACGAACACUGCCUCCGUUGGCCUGCAAGCCUCCAUUGCCAUGCUUCACAUGUUUGCCCUCGCAUGCCCACGAUCCUUUCGGACAUCCGAUCGUCGUCAUACAGACUGCCAAAGUCCUGUCAGGUGCAGAAGAUUUGAAAGCACUGUCUGCCCAUACGAGCGAGCUCAUGCGGCUGCACCUCGUCGAACUGAACAAGGCGCGGCACAGCUCCGUAAGAGGCGCGCGUCCGAUUCUGCAAUACGUCGCGCUGCUCGACAUCGGGGGUAUGUCUCUCAGCGGCUGGCAAUUUAUCGACUUGAUGAAUUGGCACGUCGUGGAACUAUUGCCUCGGUAUCCCGGGAUGCUAGCGGCAGUCUUCAUCCUAAAUUAUUCCUGGACGCACUCGGGGUUUUGGAGUAUUGCAAAGAGAAUCCUGCCCAAGCACUCGCUGCAGAAAAUCUUUUUCGUCACUGCCCCACAGCUGCGACAGCUUCUGUCACCGGCUAAUUUGCCCAAAGACUAUGGUGGCGACCUGCCGCUUAUCGCCGAGAUGCCCAGCCCGCUAGAGCAGUACGUUGCCAGCCCGCCUGCAGCUAGUGACUCUCCGGGCGCGCACUGCGCCGAGUAUCCUCUUACGGGUAGCAUGGUGGACCCUGAGGCGACCAGCCCGGAAGCUACCGCGCCUAUACGCACGGUGCUCUCGUCAACCUCGCUGCUGAACCCUUUCUUUGGAUAUCCAGCCGUGUAUGAUGCCGCCGCCACGCCUUCGCUGCGCCAUGGCAGACGACGAAAGCGGGAUCUGGUUCACACCCUUGUCCGUCUCUGGUGGGCACGUUGGGGUGCUCGCGCGGUCUUGAUGCUCGUACUGCUUUUGCUGCUACUCGUUGCACGAAGGUGGCGCAUACAGUUGCGUGUGAUAUUCGACCGGCGUCGGCCGACUGUGCUUCCCGUGCGCGCGUUCCUGCCAUGGUUCCGUAAUGUCUUUUGGCGCACUUACCCACGGGCCGCACUGUAUCUCACUCGCGCACAUGCGGAGGUGAUUGUUCCUAGGCAUACAUAGAUACUGUAAUAAUAAUACGCGCCAGGUUGAAUGUAAUCAAUGGAGCCGAUGUCCCAUUCAAUGCUGUGGAUAUGCAUACAGCCAGUGAAAUCCAGGGUACAAGUGUUCUUGGCAGGAUAUCGUAAAAGGUUGUCAUAAGAAAUAUUCAGGCAGCUGCGGUUACGGCU